ACUAGACUCACGUAGCAUUAGAGCUAGCAGGGACUAUUAAAGGCGUCUGCUCACACUUCUUAUCUGGUAAGUAACUCCACCCUGCCAACUACCCAUGAAGAGCCCUUCUGUCAUAGGGAGUUCUGUCUUGGGGUAAUUCUACUUUAGGGACUGCUGAGAUUAUCCUAUUAAGGAAAAAUUUGCCUCUCUGUCAUAGUUCUGUAGUGCCCAUCUUACCCCCACUUUAUGUUAGAAUAGCCGGUUUAGGUCCUAAGUACCUUCUCAGGUCUUCCCCAUGAUAACAUUUGGAUAGGAACUCAAACCCAGCUCAGCAGGAUAUAGUAAGUGUUGACUAAGACUUGCAAAGCUUCCAGUGAGGAAAUGCUGAGGGUUCACAGCACCAUUGGGCAGAUGAGAAAAAGGUGCCUGCUCCAGAUGGGAACACACCUGGGCAGAAAGAUGGUGCUUCUCUUGUGAUUUAGAAAGCAACACCUCUGUGUCCUGGGGCACAGCAUGGCAGGCAAAACCCCACUGAUCCAUUCAGCCAGCUAUUGUACAGCCAUACUUUUUUUUUUUUUUUAAGAUUUUAUUUAUUUGACAGUACAAGCAGGGGAAAGGGCAGGGAGAGGGCGAAGCAAGCUCCCAGUUGAGCAAGGAGCCCUAUGCAGCGAUCAAUCCCAGGACCCCGGGAUCAUGACCUGAGCCGAAGGCAGACGCUUAACAACUGAGCCACCACCCAGGCGCCCCUGCUCAGCCAAACUUCUUGGCCCUGCUUAAACUAUUUGUCCUGAUUCGGAAAAGCGCUCUCCAAUAGAUUUCCGGUUUCCAUUUUUACCUUCCAUUUGGUCCAAAAAAGGUUGCUCCUUCAAGCCCUUGAGAAGUUUAUCUGCUCCAUUUUUUCUUCAUGAUACAGGGCCCCGUUUCUGCACGUUACCUUUCAUGCACCAAUGCUGCCAGACCUAAGCUCCCCCUGCUCCUGGCAGCCUGGGCCCGUGUUCCCUUCCGGUAGCCGGCUGUCAGCCCUGGUGCUCUCUCACGGGGUGCCAGCAUCUGACCGGCUUCUUAAGAGUGCCACAUACACUUUGGGUAUGUAAAAAGUGUUCCCACCCUUUUUAUCAUGAAAACAAUGUCCAAGAAGGCACCCUUGGCCUGUACAUUUUGGUGAAGCCGAUGGUUAUUUAUUCCCACACAAUCCUGUUUCCUCUUCCCAAAUUGCUCUGGGUCUCCAGUCUGCCUUUUCUUUACCAUUACCUGGCCAUGUGUGACCAUGGAUAUCCAUUGGUCUCCGUGGCCUUGUUUCAAGUAAGUGUUCAUCAGCUAGGAAACAGGUUUUGGACACUGACUUCUGGACAGUAUUCUGUGUACCUGGAGCCUUGAAAAUAAAAAGUAUCUCAUGAAAGUAGCCCUCCUCCAGAGUUUGCUGAGCCGAAGGAAGCAUAAACCCAAUCGCGGGCGCUUGAACUUAACAGCCAAGGCUUUGUGCUCCCUUCUUCGCGGACCCGCCUCGCCUAAGACAGAGGCAGGCAAGGGGCACCGCGCUGAGGGAGGUUCCCCCAAGUCUUACUGUCGGCCGGUCCGGGCUGCAAAAAUGUGCCCAGCGGCGGAGGGAGGCUUCCUCCAGCCUUGUGCGCGAUGCCGAUCACAGCGGCGCGGCUCCGGAGCUUCCCGCUCCCCCGAAGCUUCCACCGCAGAAACAAGGUACGCGGGACGACGGGCUUCUCGGAGUCGGAGCCUCAGCCCGAGUACCACGCCACAGCCCUCGGCUGGCUCUCAGGGCCCCAAAGUCGGGGCACCGCCCACGCUUCCACCGCCACUCGGGCGCGGGGGCUCGGGAGUUGUAGUCUCCGGCCGAGCGCGGGCGCGGGGACCGGGGCGGCGCGGACUCCACGUCCCGGCGGGCGGCGCGGCGCGGCUGGGGCGCCAGGGGCGGGGCCGCUCGGCCCUUUAAACCUUCCAGGGCUGUUCAGAGGGCCGCAGCCAGAGACGGCGCCACGCGGGGCCGAGCAGGGCGCGGCGGCGGCGGCGGCGGCGGCGGGGCGCUCCGGGGAGGCCUGGGCCGCUGAUGGUUUUGGCGAAGUAUCUUAAGGUAGCUGGGCCAGCCCCCUCUUUCCCACCUACCUCUUGUCCUUCCCCCUACACCACCCUGGCUCCCCUCCCUCAUGACCGCCUGGAUCCUCCUUCCUGUCAGCUUGUCAGCAUUCUCCAUCACGGGCCUAUGGACUGUGUAUGCCAUGGCCGUGAUGAACCGCCACGCAUGCCCUGUGGAGAACUGGUCCUACAACGAAUCCUGCUCUCCUGACCCCGCUGAACAAGGGGGCCCAAAGACCUGCUGCACCCUGGAUGAUGUCCCCCUCAUCAGCAAGUGUGGCACAUAUCCCCCAGAGAGCUGCCUCUUCAGCCUCAUUGGCAACAUGGGUGCUUUCAUGGUGGUCCUGAUCUGCCUGUUGCUCUACGGGCAGCUCCUGGAGCAAAGCCGUCACUCCUGGGUUAACACCACAACGCUCAUCACGGGCUGCACCAACGCUGCGGGCCUCGUGGUGGUCGGCAACUUCCAGGUGGAUCAUGCGAAGUCUCUGCACUACAUCGGAACUGGUGUGGCCUUCCCCGCCGGGCUGCUCUUCGUCUGCCUGCACUGUGCCCUCUCCUACCAUGGGGCCACUGCCCCCCAGGACCUGGCUAUGGCCUACCUGCGGAUUGUACUGGCAGCCAUCGCCUUUGUCACCCUAGUCCUCAGCGGUGUUUUCUUUAUGCAUGAGAGCUCUCAGCUGCAGCACGGGGCAGCCCUGUGCGAGUGGGUGUUCGUGAUCGACAUCCUCAUCUUCUACGGCACCUUCAGCUACGAGUUUGGGGCAGUCUCCUCAGAGACGCUGGUGGCCGCGCUGCAGCCUGCCCCUGGCCGGGCCUGCAAGUCCUCCGGGAGCUGUAGCACCUCCACUCACCUCAACUGUGCUCCUGAAAGCAUCGCCAUGAUCUGAGAUCUGGGGAGGGUGGCUGGCCCAGCCUCAGCAGCUCCCCACCUCUUAACUUCGCAUUUAUUUUGUACCAAAAACGAUUUUGAGAAAGUAUUCUGCUGGGAUACAGGCUUCCUUGCUGCUGGAGGAAUGGCCAUCCCACACCCACCUGUGCCAUAGUGGAGCGGGCCUGGCAGCAGCCUGGGCCACACACAGGCUACUCCCCGACUCUGCAGUGUUGUUUUUAUGUUUAAAGGUCACAUAUCCUCACUCACCCAGCCGGCCCUUCAGGUGCCUUCUACUCCCCAGUGCCAAGGCCACACCACUGGGGUUUCCUGCUGCAGGAAUUGGGGGCUGGGAACAGCAAGAGGGACAGAAGUCUGUGGGAAGGCCCACUUUUGGGCCCACUGAGGUGCACUGGGAUUCUUCACUCUGCCCCUUACUUUCUUUUGGGCAAGUAAUACAGCAGAACCACAUGGGUAUUUUAGUACUUUUUUUUUUUUAAUCUAUUAAAAGAAUUCUAAUUUGCA